AAUAAAUAACCACCUAAACUAUCAUUCUUCACUUAAAUACAAUCAAAAAUUUGCCCGUUGUGGCUCGCUACCCGAUCCGUUCCACUUUGGUCAUAUAGCGAUUGUCCGUCUUACUGAAGUGCCGCUUGCUAUUUUCUGCGCGACCUUGCUUGCGCCGGUCGCUGCCGCCAUUAGCGUGCCUGCGUGACACGUGGCGCAAACUCAAAGCGAAGCGACACCGGGGAAAGAAGGUGCCGGAUCGCGGGCAUCGAAACGUCUUUCAGGAAAGUAAGUCUUCAUCCGUGCCGGUGCUAACAAUUGGUUAGCCGCGGCCCUCAGCUAACGGCAGAAAGUCCCACGAUGCUAACCAACUAGCUCGUUAGCUUGUCCGUGAGUCUGAAAUGCAUCGAGAAGCUGCUGGCUGUUUACAUCAAGGUUGUUUGUGUCCGGAGACGCCGACUUGUUAUCCGGCUUUUCCGACAAACGCGACACAGCUGUGAUAUCGCCAGAUUAGAUUCCUCCGUGACGGAUCCUCCGCGUCGGCGAUCGCCGAGCUGCGUCUCGUCGUUCCCGCCCGUCUCUGACCAAAGCGUUUUCCUCCACCUGCUUCUCGUCCGCCAUCUGCGUUGCGACACGUCUCGUCUCCUCUGUCAUUUUGUCGUGUUGUUCUUCUUCUGUCACACUUUCCUGCAUCUUCGCGUUUUCCUGCUUGACCUUUCAACUCUCUCUUCACGGGCCGCGCUCGCUCCCACUUCACCGCGCCCUUUCCAUCCCUUCGCAACCCUUUCCGCCUUUCCUCUCGCUCGACAACGCCAGCGCCAGGCCGUCGUUCGGCUUCCGUUCCGCGAACUCCGUCCGCAAAAGCCCAAUUAUUGCCUCAAAACGUCUACCGAGGCCGCCGAACGGUCUCAGACCACAUCGACAAACGAAAACGCAAUGACCAGAUCGCAAAGCUGUAGCGAUCGUAUUUAUUGUUCACAAUCGAAAGGGAUUUUGCAAAACAAAACUAGAUAUGCAAGUGCUUGCUGUGAUAAUAUCAAAUAAUAUCAAAAGUACAAGCCUACAUGCAUUAUGGAAAAUUGCUGAGCGCCCCGGGCCUUCAGAAAUGGAAAAUUCCGAGUCGCUGGGGAAUCGGUGCUAAUUAUCUGCUUGGAGGCACGAUACGCUCUCUGUUAACGGGGUUUGAAGGUGUGCGGAGUCAGCAUUCGCCGUUCCGCUCGCAAGGGCGGAUCGCAAAGAUCAUCGAGUCGCGAUGCACGUGAUUUCUUUUUCGGCCUUGAAUUACACCCGAAAGUACAGCGUGUGCCAUUUCAGCGGCUCCCUUGCAAAUCGCCUUCGGUUCAAUUUGCCAAACUGGGGACGAGAUCCUCAAAUCGUUAUUGCGUUUGCAGCUUUUGCGGGCCGUCGUUGUUUCGAAAGCCGCGCGAGCGUCGACCAAACUUCGUGCCGCGCACGACGCGGACGGCAUCAGACGCAAGCGGAAAGUUUGGUCGGCCGAAUGGAACGACGAUGGGGAAAAGAAGGAGAUGUGUGCGGAGGAAGUGACGGGCGCGCUUUCCUGUGCCACACCAAAAGAAUUGCAGUCACAGUGUCAACUCAACAGCUGCUCGCUCGUUUCUUUCGCGGCAAACGGUGGAGCAGCUUUGGGUUUUGUUUGUUUUCAAGUCCCUUCUGGAAGUGGGAUCUAGAAAGGAAGGGAAGAGGCCUGUGGAAAAGGUUUGCUGAAAUUUGAUUCACACACUGGUGUAUUCUUUUGCCCCGUUGGCAGCCGAGCAAUGCCACUGUUUCCUUCGGCUCAGAAAGAGAGAUGCUGCAGAUUGGACACAACAAGAGACAGAAGACGAUUGGAUCCCCCAAACGCUGAAUUCAUUUAACGUCCUUAUUAAAAAGCUACGAGCAUGCUUUGAAUGCUUAUCAAAUUCAAUGAUGCGACAUUAAACCGUCGACGGCGCAGCCGCUUGAAAUGAAGUCAAGUGCCGCACGCCCGCCACAGCGCCCCCUGUCGACUGCACAUCAACUCGCUCAAGUGGGUCCAUCUGCUGGUGGUGUUUCUCAACCUUUAUUGAGGCAACAGAAAACAAAAAUACAAAAUCUUAAAAAUACAAAUACAAAUACAAAAUAAAUCUUUUCUGCACCGGCGCUGUAGCGGCCUUCCACGCAGAUUCCCGACCAGUGCCCGCAGGGGCGCUUUGUGAUAUGGGCGAUAUGGGCGCCAUUCUGUGGGGGUGGCACUUUGAUGUUUGUGCGGCGAAGGCAGACUCAUUGCUCGUGUGAUUUUAUUUUUUUUCCGAGAAAAUAUUUCAAAAGCAGUAAGAGUUGUUGGGGGUUUCAGUCGCUCAGCUAACUCAACAAGUUGACUGAGUUUGAUGUCCUGGAAAAACUGUGAUGCAAAGAAACAAAAGAAAAUCCUUUGAAUUGAAUUCAUUCGAAAAUGGGUUCAAAUAACACAUAUUCAUUGAUUAUUUCCAAGAAAAAGAGCAGAAAAUGGCAUCCGUUUACCACAACCAAAAAUCAAGUGCAUUAUUUCAUUUCAUUGAAGCAUUGAUUGUUUUGCAGAAGACGUUCAGGCUGAAUGUACAAGUUUGUACGCUUUUGUUGGUUGCUGGCGCCCUCUACCGGAACGUAGUGGUCAUAGCAGGUUGUGUCGUUGUACAGCGCACAAUGGAACGAAGUCGACUUUACUUACACCGCAGCCCACUCAGCAGGGGGCGAUGUUGUCUAUCCAAUUUCAAGGCGCUGGAGCCUGUCCCAGGUGACCUCGGGCGAAAGGGGGACUACGCCCUGAACUGGUCGCCGGUCAGUCGCAGGGCACCACCACGCCAUCAGUGGCCCCGAUGUUGUCAUUGUGCUUCCUGGUUAGGGCGCAGCAAAUUCAGCCUCCCGUUGUUCGGGUCAGGCCGGAUAAAUCCUUAUGGAAUCCUAAAUCCUAAUGGGGACGAGUUAUCAACAAGCGCUGGCCAGCGCGAGGUGACUUUGUUAUUGUUACAGUUUGUCCCAAAGCGCGAAGGACACGCGGACUGAAACGCAGAGAGGGGAGGAGGGGGGCCAUUCGCCAGGGUAGAAACAAGGUCGGCAUAAGAGCGCGCGAGAUGCCCCGGCCAGUCAGAGUCCGAAAGACGUUGGGUGCAGCCAGCGGGAAGUCGAGAGCUCGACAGACGGUGACUGAAGAUGGCGGAGAGCGAGGAGCAGGCUGAGAAGAGUUUGCGAGCCGUCGCCGCCGCCAUUGUGCUGUGCUGUGCCCUGGUCAAGAUGUUGCACCUCUUGGGCCUCAUCUCUGCGGACGACAAUGCCGACGACGACCUGGAGAUGACCCUGGUGUGCCACCGACCCGAGGGCCUCGAUCAGCUGCAGGCGCAGACCAACUUCACCAAACGAGAACUCCAAGUGCUGUACAGGGGCUUCAAGAACGAGUGCCCAAGUGGAAUUGUCAAUGAGGAAACGUUCAAGCAAAUUUACUCCCAGUUUUUCCCGCACGGAGACGCCAGCACCUACGCGCACUACCUGUUUAACGCCUUUGACACGGCACAAUCGGGCACCAUCAAGUUUGAGGACUUCGUAACAGCUCUGUCCAUCCUGCUGAGGGGCUCCAUCACAGAGAAGCUCCGGUGGACCUUCAACCUCUACGACAUCAACCGAGACGGAUACAUCAACAAAGAGGAGAUGACGGACAUCGUCAGAGCCAUUUAUGACAUGAUGGGCAAGUACACUUACCCCGCCUUGAAAACCGACGCACACAAGCAGCACGUGGAUGCCUUCUUUCAGAAAAUGGACAAAAACAGAGACGGUGUGGUGACCAUUGACGAAUUCAUCUAUUCUUGUCAAGAGGAUGAAAACAUCAUGAGGUCUCUUCAACUGUUUGAAAACGUCAUCUAGACGUCAUCGUGCGAGUGAGGGCCCUGGAGAAGAAAAAGAAAAAGCAGACUUUCAAGACACUGUCUCCAAACUGUUCGGACGGAGUUUUGUCCAAGCGCCGUCGCCGGUCCUGGAAAACGUCCUGCAGACUUUGGCCGACGUUGCGUGUUCCCGUUUCUUUGUCGUUAAGCGUGUGCGUUUUGUGUAAAAUAAUCGUGUCUCUGACUUUUGCUUGCGCGCACAAGCGGCGGAAAAUGUCGGUCCUACAAAAACCAAAAACAAGAGCAAUAUUGGAAUGCAUGCAAGGAGGCGGAUCCAUUGUCGCACUCUGAGGGGUCAAGGUUCACCCGAUUUCAGGAGACGGCAUCUCGUGAGCAAGUUUGUGUCCCGCUGGCGUCUGUUAGAGUCUCAACGUUGUGACAAUAUUGAAUUCGGUGUUCUAUUUGUUGUUUCUGCGUGCGUAAAGCGUCCUCGCUGCCGCUUUGUGUCUUUCCGUCUCCGAGUUGGAAUUGUAAUCCGUGCGUUUCCGCUUGCGCGGCCUGUCGUGGGGAGGGCGUGAACUUUGGGGCUUUUACCGGCGCACGCAAAACCCGGGAACGUGCAUGUGUGUCCUGAUGUGAACUUUUGCUUUGCCUGAAUAUUAAAAGCACAUUUGUUGGCG